AUGCCCCGAUCAACAACAACUCAAUAUAAGUAUCGUUGUCAAGAACCAGCAUGCGGUAUGACGAUGAGAAAUGAUAAGUGGAAGCAACAUUGUCGUGAAAGACACGCUGCAAAAUUCAACAGGAAUGGGUUUCAAGAUUGGAAAAAUGGUGCUAGAAAUAUUCAAGCACAUGAAAUAUCGAAGGAACACCGGGAUUCGGAAUUAUGUAAACUUCAAUGGCGUCAGAAUACUAGAAUCGAUAUUAGUCUCGCAUUACAAAAAAGUGCUCGUAUUGUCGAAAAUCGAAGUGUCAUGAAUGUUAUGAUUGAUAGUGUAUUGUAUCUUGCUUCAGAAAUGAUGGCAUUACGUGGCCAUGAUGCAAAAGAUGGUAAAUUUUAUAAUUUAUUUCGAAUGUUAGCAAAAUAUUCAGUUAGUGCCUCCAAUUAUUUAACAACAUUGAGUAAUCAUCAAUUUAAGCCAGACCUCAAUUUUUUAAGUCGUCUUAAUCAAUCACGUCUCCUGAAUGUUAUCAAAGAUAGAGUUGUUAACACGAUUGUUAAACGAAUAGGAAAAAAUCCAUGGACAAUUACUCUUGAUUCAACACAAGAUACAAGUAAAAAAGAAGCCGUCGUUAUUUUAGUCCGAUAUUUGGAAACAAAUGACGAAGGGAGAGUAUUUCCAGUCGAGCUUAACAAACUUCAGUUAGAUUAUUCGACGUUAGUUGGGCAAGCCUACGAUGGAGCUAAUAAUAUGAGUGGUGGAAUUACUGGUUUACAGGCCCGUUUGCACGCCAAAGCGCCACACGCACUUUACGUUUGGUGUCGUGCACAUCGACUGAAUCUAGUUUCAACACAAGCGAUGUCAUGUACCACUGAAAUGAAAAACUGUAUUGGGGUUCUCGGCGAGCUUCAUUCUUCAAAUGAGAAAACCGUGUUGUCUGCCAAUGGAUUAACAAAACAACUAAGAACUUUGAAAUUUGCUACGUGUUUAUUUAUUUUACGUCAAGUUUUUAAUAUUCUUGGUCCAGCUCUAACAUGUUUGCAAGGUGUUGCCGUUGAUUUGAGUAUUACUUCUUCUCUUCUCAAUGAUACCGCCAAUAGACUACAGACUAUCCAGUCGGAUGUUAAACAACAAUGGAGUGAAGUGUUAGAUAAAAGUAAGCACUUUGCUGAAAUUAAUGAUUUAAAUAGUAGUUUUGGGAAAAUACGACAUAGAAAACGAAAACAAAUGGUUGAUGAAUUCUGUGAAGAUGAGUCAGUUAGUGAUAUGAAUAAAAAAUUACAGGUGGAAGUGUAUAUACCAGUUUUAGAUAAUAUUAUUGAUCGUUUCGAUGAAAAUACAGUUCAAAUUUACAAAUGUACGGGAUAUUUUAGCGUUAAAAGUUUAUUGACAUCGCACGAUAUACAGCCAAUUGAUAUAAGUGCAUUAUGCGAUUUUUAUUCAUUGGAUAAAUCAUCGACAGCAAAAGAAUUAAAUAAAUUUCGAAAAUAUUAUAAAUCUGCUGAGAAACUUGUUGAUGUAUCAGAUAUGUUGCCAACCAAAUAUCAAAAAAAUUACGCCGAUUUCGAAUGUCAAUUUGUAAGGAAGCAAUGUGGCAUAUAUGAUGAAAGUAAUGAGAGGAAUGAUGACAACAACGAGCAUCAAGAUUCAGAGGAUGAUGAAAAUGGAAUUGAGAAACAAAUAGACACGAAAGAUCGUUCAAAAAAUGAAAUAACGGCUAAUUCAGAGAUAGAACGAACAAUAAAACUGUGGUUCUCAAAUAGUUUUACAAAGCCACUUCGGGUAUUAUGGAACACAAGUGGUUACCCACAUUUAAUGUGUAUUUAUAAAAUCUUGACGGUAUUGCCGGUUACAAGCUGCAGUGCUGAACGAGCACUGAGCAAAGUUACGAUAGUUAAAUAUCGGUUACGAUCGACAAUGAUCGAUGAUUGGUUUGCAUCACUAGUAAUUAUUGCAUCUGAAAAAGAUAUUGUUAACGAAUCAAACAGAGAGGAGCUGAUUGACGAUUUUGCAAUGUGUUCGAAUGCAUUGAAGAAAGAACUACUGCAAUAA